AUGGGUGACAGUAUCGAGUUGACAUCGCUAGAAAGCUCGCUCAAGCAGCUAAACGUACUGCUGGACGAAGCCAGGUUCGCGGAAGCCUGCAAACUCUGCCACAAAUGUCUCAAGCAAUGGCCCGGAGAAAACGUCCUCUACAGAGUCAAGAUAUACUGCGAAAUGCAGCUGUCCAGAUGGCACAGCUGUCUGCAGACCAUCGGAUGGCUACACGGAUUCCGCAGCCAUCCAGCGGUUUCUGACAAGAAAUCAAAGCGUUCCAGCACGCAAGAUGAUGCGAACACCGAGCUAUCCGAGAAUAUUAAGCGAGCCGCCAGUACACAUUUGAAUGGCGAUAAUUGUCUAUGGUUCCAUUUCGAGCAAAGCUACUGUUAUUACAAGCUUGGGAAAUACGAUCUUGGUCUCCAAGUGCUCUCAAUGUGCUCGGAAGGACUACCACCCAGGGAUUUAUUAAAGACUGUGCAAAAUACUCAGGACACAUGCAAGAUUGAUGAUAAGCCGCUAUUGGACUCAAAAGUUACUCUGCUAAAGGCACAGCUACUACUUAGGCUGGGACACUUUGAACAGGCUAGGAGUAUUUACAACAAUGUAAAGAUUAAAGGAUCUCAAUCGCUGGUUUCAAUAAACCGUCUGAGCGUUGAUAUAGCUCUUGCCUCAGAGACGAGCGGGGAAGACAAGGAAGCAGUAAUUAACGAUUUACACAAGAGCAUCGAAAAGUACUUUAGCAAGCCAAAGAGUGACGAUCCAUAUGAGCUAUACUAUAAUUACGCGUGCGCAUACGCACUCUCCGGGGAUAUUCUCAAGGCUCAAGACUAUCUCGAUUUAGCUGAUGAAACACUCGUAAAUGAGCUAAAGGGAGAGAAUUUGGAUGUGGAUGGCCAGGACCAGGCUGAAUUCGCCAACAUACUCGCCUUUAGAGCAUUUCUCCACGGCAAGCGUGGCAAUUUGGAAUUGGGAAAGAGUAUAAACACUGAUCUUUUCAACACGAUGAGCACUUCUCUUGAUGUUGAUCAGUCUACAUUUCUUGUGGUACUUUGCAACCAGCUUUUAUUUGGUGACGAGAAUGUGGACAUACUUGUACCAAAGAUUGAAUCUUUGCUUAAAAAGGAGCAGAUUGUGCGCAAAUUUUCUACAGAGGAUUUAAAGUCUAUUCACGAAAAUUGUAUAUGUGCAAUGUUGGCACGUGGUAAUGUAAAGGAUAGUCAGCGUUACCUUAACAAUUUUAAGCAUCAACUAAAAGACGUUGAUCUCAUUUUGCUUAAAGCUGCACUAUUGAGUGCUGAAGGAAAAACCUCCAAAAGUAUGUCGUUAUUGCGACAGGGUUUGUCCCAGGGGAGCAAAAGUUUCAAGUUGGCUAGCUGCUUGAUAAGGUUGUUAUUGAAGGAAGGAAAAUACAAGGAAGCACUAUCCGUUUCUCAGGACUAUUAUGACCUAUUCACAGUAACCAAUGAGGCAUUAAAGGCGUACUUUUUACUCGUUAUAAAGGUGCACAUUAGCCUUGGUUCUACGGAGGGUGUGCAUUCAUCUCUGCUCAAGCUUUUAAAUGUUGCUAGCCCAUCCGGAGAUUCUGAUGUGAUAAAGGCCGGGUGUAGUUAUUUGGAAUCGCAAAAUAAGCAUUUGGAGGCAAUGGAAAUUUACAGUGAACUCUACAAGAGAGACAAUAAUGAUAAAAUGGCCCUGUGCGGUAUCUUGUACAAUGAGUCCUUUACGGACGUAGACCAGGGUAUAAAGUUGUCCAAGGAUUUCAUUGAUGGAAUUACAAGGGACAUUAGAUUUAUAGACCCAGAGGAGCUCGAGGCUACCACCAAGGUCACCUUUCAAACUGAGGAGCACAAAGAGGGCGAAAAGCUCAAGCGUAGAAAGAGAAAGAGGCCUGGAAAAAAGCCAAAGAAUAUGGAUCUUCCAGUUGAUCCGGAACGAUGGCUUCACAAGUACGAGAGGGUUUCGUUUAAAAAGAGCGCCAGGAGGAGAAAGGACGCAACAAAGGGGCAGACGCAGGGCUCUACGAGCGCAUCUUCUUCAAAGCCUACAACAGGCUCUAUUAGUGCCACGACAAAUGCAGCAAAGAGAGGUAAACGAAAGAAACGUUAG